AUGUCUGAUGCUGAGGAUAACCUUGCUGGGAAUGUUGGGAUCAAGUCCCAAAGCUUGAAAGCAGAACAAGUUGAAAAAUUGAGUAAAUUAAUCAAGUUAAUUCCAGAUAUUUUGAAAGAAUUGAAAAAUCCUGAUUAUGACGAGAUAUUCGGGUAUCGAAUCAAUGUUGAUACUGAAUCCCAGGUGAAUAUUCCGGUUCGUAAUGAAAUCUUAUUGAAGUUCUUGAUUGCUAAUGAUUAUGAUGUUCAAGUCACCAAGGAGAAGUUGGUGAAGACUCUUAAUUGGAGAAAUGAAUUUAAACCGUUGUCAGCCGCAUACCUCGAAACCCAUGAUAAGGAACUUGAUACUUUAGGAGCCAUUACCAAGUUUAAUGAUAAUGAAAAAGCUAAUUUGAAAGUGGUUACUUGGAAUUUUUAUGGAAAUUUGAAAUCCCCAAAGAAACUUUUUGAAAAAUUUGGUGAUGCAGAAGGAAAGGAAGAAAAGAAACAAGAAUUACCAGGAUCAAGGUUUUUAAGAUGGAGAAUUGGGUUAAUGGAAAGGUCAUUGGCAUUGGUUGAUUACUCUGACCCCCAGAAUCAUAAAAUUGCUCAAAUCCAUGACUAUAAUAAUGUGUCAAUGUUCAGAAUUGAUCCAGGAAUGAAAGCAGCUACAAAAGAGAUUAUUGAAAUUUUUGGUAAUAAUUAUCCCGAAUUAUUAUCAACGAAAUUCUUCAUAAAUGUACCAACUUUGAUGAGUUGGGUUUUCACAUUUUUCAAUAAAAUUGGAGUUAUAAGUGAAGAAACAUUGAAAAAAUUUCAAGUUUUAAAUAAUGGUAAUUUAUCUUCGUAUUUUGGAGAAAGUAAUCUACCAAAAGAAUAUAACGGAGGCAAAACUACUCAAAUUAAGGAUAUUUUUGGAUUAGAAAAUUCGAUUAAAUCAUCAAUGGAAUUCCCAGAGUAUGGUAAACAUUUACUUGACAAACAUGAUUUACAAGAUAAUUUAUCAGUUGAAUAA